AUGGGAUCUGUUACUGCUCUGUGCUUUGCUCCGUUCCUGAUCGAGCUCUGUCAACCUCGCAAGGGUCUGCGAGCGCAGACUGUUUGCCAGAUUGUCCUCGAGACUCAAGACGUUACAGGAGCUGCUGUAAAGCCCGAUACUCGCACGUUUGCGGACAUCAGAUUCACUGUCUUCAAGCCCUCUGUCAUCUCCGCAUCGGCGAUUCUUACAGCUCUCUCGUAUCUCUACCGCAAGCAUUACAUGUUCUACGAGAACAUACUCAUGACGCUCGAUUUCAUAGACAAGGAAGAAGUGAGACAGUGCAUGCCACUGAUGAGAGAGAUGUGCGCAAGGAAGAAGAUAUGGAUGGAGACUGUUGAGACAGACCUAAGGGGACGACCGCUGGUGCGAGUACAGGCUGCGGCCCUUGAGCCAGCUGGCUCGUCUAUCCUCGCGAUGGAACCUGUCGAGAGGAGACGGGAGACGCAGCCGUGGCAAGAACCAGAGCUUGACGGUGAAGAGCCAGGUCCGGUUCCUGAGAUACAGCAAGUGGACGAAUCUCUGUCAAUGGACUUCGAGCUGAAGUGGGUUAUUGAGGACGAUGAUGUCGGAUCACUCCUCAGUCCAGCACAUUCAUCGCCUUGCUUUAUCCGUCACCUUUCUUGUAGCAAUGCAGAACGGUGUCCCUGCACCGUCCUGUAA